AUGAAGAACCUCCAACAAUACCUCGCAACAGCCAGCGUUGCAGCUGAUGUCUUCAGCCUCAGACCGGACUACCGCGCCCUACUCAUUGCCGUGAACGGUAUCACUCCUGGGCCAAGCGACGAUCAAAGCGAGCAGAUGCUUCAAGAAGCGGAGGCAUCGGCCCGAGACAAGUUGUCGAAGCAAGCGGUUACCGAGCUCCCACACAUUGCCGCCUGGCGAGAAGCGUACAAGUCGUUCGGAGCGAAGCCGAACAAGACACGAAACAGUCUGGAGGCGCUGACUCGCCGUGUUGAGAAAGGACUGCCGCGGGUCAACCGCUUGACCGACAUCUACAACGCCAUCUGUGUCAAGCAUCAAAUUCCGCUCGGUGGUGAAGAUCUCGACAAGUAUUCUGGCCCACCGCAGCUGAUACGUGCGACCGGGAAAGAGCACUUCGAGGCGACUGCAGCUGGCGAGAAGGUCGUGGAGCAUCCUCCUGUGGGAGAAGUGGUGUGGUGUGAUGAUGCUGGAGUUACUUGCCGGGCGUGGAAUUAUCGGCAAGGUCCCAGAACGGCUUUGACUGAUCAGACGACAAGCGCACUGUUCAUCUUGGACGCUCUUGAGUCAUGUACAAACGACAACCUCAAUGCCGCCGGGGACGAGCUUUUGGAUGCUUUGAAGCGAUUCUGCCCGGACUUGGAAGUCGCUUGCCGCCUUGUAUCAAACACCGAGCCAUGA